GGAAACACUUUAAACUCUUAGAAUCCACACUUUAAACUCGCCCUGCUGUCAUAACAUCAAAUUCAAGGGACCUUGAGAUCCAGCAUGUUGACUGAUAUGACCCUUUGACUUCGCUUCUGUAAAACAGGAAUUUUCUUUACAUAUUUCAAAUCUUGGACCUGUUGGUUCCCACACAAGACAAGAAGACAGAAGAUAAGGACAACUGGACUGCAUAUAAGAAAGCAAACAUGAAGUUGUAUAUGUUGUUUGUGAUCUGUCUGGUAUUAUGCCUUAUCACAGAGUCUCUUGAUGCCAAAAAGAAUAAGGAAAAGAAAAUGAAGAAAAAAAUGAGGAAAAAGAAUAAAAUGUCAAAGACAAAAGCUACAGCCAAAGGUGAUAUGCCACGUUUGAGACUUCAAUAUUUGGUGGACAGAUUGCCAUCUAAAGACAUAAUCCCAAUUUUGAACGAGACGGCUGCAGUUGAGGUGAAAUUUGGGAUAAGUCUACAGAAUGUCCUGGAACUUGACAGCUCCCUAAUUAAGGCAGUUAUUUGGCUGACAUUUAGUUGGAAGAAUGAGUUCCUGCAAUGGGAUCCUCGAGAUUACGGUGGAAUAAAUAUCAUUCGUGUUCCAGAAAACAAAAUAUGGACACCUGACGUUGAGCUUUUUAACAGUGUGAGAAAGGCCGAUAUGAUAUAUGACGUCUUGACUGUUGUAUCAAGUGAUGGCUCUGUUACGUGGAUUCCCAGCAUGGCCAUCACCGCUAGCUGUAAGAGGCUAAAGAAAACAGCAAACGGCCGUUGUAAAAUAAACUGCCCACUGAAAUUCGGAAGUUGGACUUAUGACGGAAAUCGUUUGAAUCUUACGUCAAAUUCUGAUACAGUUGAUGUGAGCUCAUACGUUGAGAAUGAGGACUGGGAGUUGGUAGAAAAUACCCAGAAGAGGCAUUCACUGUCCUAUGAAUGUUGCCCAGAGCCUUAUGUAGAUGUAACUGGCAACCUUACAUUUGUUGAGAAAGAUGAUCGCUCAGAUGAAGACUGAGGAGUUUUAUUUGACACAUAUGCAUAAACAGAAUACAAUCAAAUCAAAGAUGUAGCAUCUAGCAAAACCGUUGACAUUGGUGCAUACAUACACAGUAGAACGUAGAUUACUUCUCUUUGCAUGAUUUGUGCACACCGUGUACAACCAUGGGCUUUCAAUUAGAUGUUACAACUGAGUGAUCCAACCCAUACCAAGGGGCAAUCAAUGUUAUGUGAAACAGAGUUGUUAAAACAGAAAUAUUUCCAAAAUAAAUUAGUGCACGUGAACAUUGUUUUUCCUUUUGGGUAUGGUUCAUUCUUGAAAUACUCAAAGGGUUGAAGAUCAAAACUGCCAGCUUUACAGUUCUCAUUUUCAUAUCCUACAAAAACAAACUUCCUAAUUGUCUCCAGAUUUCAAAUAAACAAAAGAAAGUGUUAAGUUCAUGGGGAGUGUCGAAUUACAAUUUAGAGUUAAGGAAAACGACCAGGGGCUGGAACAAUUGCAAACAAAUCCCUCUUGGACACAUUAUUGCCAUGUAUGAAUACUAGUAUACCUAUGCAUUGAAUAAUAUACAGGGUGUUUCAUAUG